AUGGUCCUGCCCACCGUUCGUCGAAAGCUCCAAAUCGACGACCUUUCCGUCGAUGGCAUCUCGGACGAAGGCGACAUCAUCCCUGCCUCCACCGCCCCCCCCACGUCCCCCGCCACUUCGCGCCGUACCUUGCUCCCUCGUCAAACUCGACCUCCCAUGACGACAAACCAUCAGUCACCUUCCCCCGUACCAACCACCGACCCCACAUUGAAUUCGCCACGUCCAACGACUGCGCCGUCGUCCCCAACAUCGGAGCCACCCUCAACGCCCCGUGCAACAACGCUCCUACCCACGACCGUGUCGACAGCCCCCACAACGACGGCGUCCACCCCCACGACAACAUCGUCCCCAGUUUCCUCGACUCUGCUUCCCACCACAACAAGUGCUCUCAUCACAACAAGUGCCCCCAUCACAACAAGUGCUCUCAUCACAACAAGUGCCCCCAUCACAACAACAGCCCCCACUACCACCACCACACCGACGCCAACGACUACAAUGACAACAAUGCCAACCCCCAAACAAUCGCCAAGUGGAUCCAUGCUCUUACUUCCUCCAGAGUAUGGCACGUGGGGCAGCAGUUCUCCCCCGCCAGCAUCGCUGCCCCCCGACGCUAUGUUGGCUGCAGAAUCGACGGGGGACCAUCCCUCCACACUUCAAAGCUUGCCGUUCCCGGCAAGUGCCAUCGUUGCGAUGGUGGCCGGCAUUCUCGCUGUGCUCGUGACGGCGGGCGUUGUGGCGUACUAUCGUCAUCGAUACCGGCAAAUGAGUUUGCAGUACCUCCGCAACAUGCAAUCCACCGCAUGGACAUUUGACGACACGACAGUCGACAACGACUCGCACGCUCCGUCGGGCCCCCCUCGGUCCCCUUCCAUGUCGAUCUGGACCAACCCGAAUCGCCCUGCGUCCGAGUUUUCGUCCGGGUUCAAGUCCCAGUGGCAGCGUCACGCUGUCCCGUCCCCGAGGUCCAUGACAGACUAUCAAAGCCGUCGGGCGCGGUUGCCAUCUCUGCAAACAGAAGUCAACCACGACGCUCUGCGUCACAAUGGAUGGCAUCAUGCUGCGUCCAACGUCUCGGGUGCUUCCAAGCCACCAGUUGUGUCCUCGGGCCAUGCCAUGCCCGGCAGCAUCGAGAGCUUGAGUCGGUUGGAGCCUGCGCAACGCAUGCACUUGAAUCGCCAAGGACACAACUUGGUCUAUGACACGCACCACGCGAGCUACACGAGCGCUUACGAUCACGAGUGCAACUCAGCCAUCAGUUGCAAAUCAUCGGGGGAGGAGUCGACGCCUCGCCCGAAACGCAGCACGCGGGGCGAGACCAAAUUGAGCAUGUCUAGCUGGGAUGAGCCGUAG